CAGGAUCCAGCAGUUACACAGGCCAGUGAAGAAUGCGAGACCUAACAGCUCAGGUAACGAGCAGUCUGCUGCAGUUUCCAGAGGUGACUGUUGAGGCACUUAAGGAAGCUGAGACCACCCUAGACUCUGUACUGUGUGGGAAGUUUUCUGGAGGGAGAAGUGGCCUGGCGUGGCUGGCGUGUGGUCCUCAGCUGGAGGUGGUGAACUCUGUGACAGGAGAGCGGCUCUCUGCGUAUCGUUUCAGCGGAGUCAAUGAGCAGCCUCCCACCGUUCGCGUGGUAAAGGAGUUUUCGUGGCAGAAGAGAAGUGGACUCCUGGUUGGGUUGGAAGAAGCCGAGGGAAGUGUUCUCUGUCUGUACGACCUUGGGAUCUCCAGAGUGGUUAAAGCAGUUGUUCUUCCAGGCAGGGUAACUGCAAUAGAACCCAUAAGCAAUGAUGGAGGAGCCAGUGUGAGCACUCGGCACCUACAUCAGAGCCUGCGAUGGCUUUUUGGAGUGGCAGCAGUGGCUACAGAUGUUGGUCGUGUACUUCUGGUUGACCUUCGUUUGGAUGAUUUAUCUUGCAGUCAGAAUGAAGUAGAAGCAUCAGAUCUAGAAGUUGUCAUUAGAAUUCCUGCUGAAGUUCCACAAAGAAGAGAAGCUGUGACCAGAGCAGGGAGGCAUCUCUGUUUUCAAUUACGAAGUCCUUCAGGAACAGCAGUGUCAACCCUGAGCUACAUAAGCAGAAGCAAUCAGCUCGUUGUGGGUUUUUCCGAUGGCUACCUGUCACUGGGAAAUAUGGGAACUUUGAAGAGGGCGCACUACACUAGGCUUGGAGGAGGAAGGAUUCCUGUCUGUGCUCUUGCUUUUCAAGAGCCUGAGAGUGAUCUUCGCAAUUGUUGCUACUUGUGGGCUGUUCAGUCUACACAACAAAGUGAAGGGAAUGCUCUGAGUUUACAUCUGUUGCAGUUAGCAUUUGGUGGCAGAAAAUGCCUGGAAUCUGGACAAGUCAUGUAUGAGGAUUUUAAAUACUGCGUUAAACUGUACAGUUUAGAUCUCACUGAUGGGAUCUUUCCCUUGGGAGGUCAGACCAGCAAUACUAAAUUCCUCAGCUUUCAGACCAUAGAAAAAUUUUGCAACCAUGUUGACAGAGAGGACAGUGUUAGUGAAGGAGUCUCUCCUGACACCAGUGUAUCAAUCUUGAGUUGGCAAGUGAAAACACACGGUCAUGAAAAACCAUCUGUUUAUUUGGGUGUAUUUGACAUCAAUCGCUGGUAUCAUGCUCAAAUGCCAGACUCACUGAGGCCAGAAGAAUUCCUUCAUGAUUGCCCCUACUUUGCAUUGUGGUCACUGGAUACUGUAAUAAGCCUGACUUCUCCAAACCUCAUUUUGGAUAUUCUGGUACACGAGCGGAGUUUAAGUCGGGGAGUUCCUCCUUCUUAUCCACCACCUGAGCAGUUUUUUAAUCCAAGCACCUAUAACUUUGAUGUUACGUGCUUGCUGAACUCAGGAGUCGUUCACGUGACUUGCACCAGCUCCCAGAAAGAGAAGCCAAAGUUUUUGAAGAAAUCUGAUUCCUUAAUAAGUGAAGCCAUUCAUGACAGCUACACCAGGUGUCUUGUAGGUGACUUGCUGACUCCAGGGCUGGUUGAUGUCCAGCCAUCAAGUUUGAGUCAGGAGGAGCAGUUGGAAGCAGUAUUGUCAGCUGCUGUCCAGACAGGUUCUUCAGAACUUCUGACUGGAUGUAUUAAACACUGGACUUCUGAAGAGCAGCCAAGUUCUACUGUUAAUUUAUGGUUUGUUCUCGAGUGGACAUGGAACAAAGUAGUCUGUACAAAAGAUGAACUGGACCAAAUAUGUGUUCCGCUGUUUGACGGCUCCUGCAACUUCAUUGACCCACAGACCUUACAGUCCCUUCAGCACUGCCAGUUGCUUUUGAGCAGCCUUAGCACAGUCUUAAACUGUUUUCUGACAGAAGCACGAGAGCUUACUGAGAAAGGCUUUAUCAUCUCAUGUCUUUUUUCGGGUUUUACAGACUUGACAAAUAAGCAACUGGUAACUAACCUCCUUUCUUUGUAUGCACAAGUGGUCAUCUGGUUCUGUCGGUCCAGUCUCCCUUCUGAGGAUCUAGAUGACCACAUGCAUUUGUCUAGACCUUUCUACAACUAUCCUUUGAUUCAGAGCUACUAUACUGGUCACCGACAGAAACUCGAGCGUUUAUCAAGAGGCAAAUGGGAUUCUGACUGCUUGAUGAUUGAUGGAAUGGUUUCCCAGUUAGGAGACCAAGUUGAGAAGUUGUGGCAGAGAGAUGAAGGAGGAACUGGGAAAUACCCACCUGCUAGUUUACAUGCACUGCUGGAUCUCUAUUUGCUGGAAAACGUUGAAGAAAGCGACAAACAUGCAAUUACAAUUUAUUUGCUGUUGGAUAUCAUGCAUACCUCUCCGGAUAAAACAGAAAGUGUAAUUGACUCUUUUCUAACUGCCUUUGCUAUCCCUUGGGGUCUCGUUAAGCUUAUUCAAGGGUUUUGGCUUCUAGAUCACAAUGAUUAUGAAAAUUCUCUGGCCCUGCUCUUUCAUCCAGCUACAAUCAAAACUGUGCCGUGGCAGCACACGAGAAUUAUUCAGUCCCUCAUGUGCCAAGGAGAGCACAGGCGAGCCCUCAGGUACAUGCAGAUGAUGAAGCCAUCCAUGUCAAGCAGCAGUGAAGUGCGGCUUUUCCUCACUGUGUUGUUGUCCAAUAGGUGCAUGGUGGAGGCUUGGGGUCUGUUGCAGCAACACACCACUAAGUUAAACGUCGAAGAGCUGUUAAAGCACAUGUAUGAAAUCUGUCAGGAGAUGGGGCUAAUGGAAGAUUUACUGAAGCUGCCGUUCACAGACACUGAAAAAGAGUGUCUGGAGAAGUUUUUGCAGACCAAUGCUGGUGUUCAGAAUCACGAAUUCCUUUUAGUCCACCAUCUGCAGCGUGCCAACUAUAUCCCUGCACUGCAGCUGAAUCAGACAAUGAAGGUUAAUCUCCUGAAUGAUCGUGAUCCUCACUUGAGAGAGAGAGCAGUUGCCAGAAAUUCUCUGUUAGACCAAUAUAGCAAGGUCCUGCCUACCGUUCAAAGGAAGCUGGCUGUAGAGAGAGCCAAGCCUUACCGUUUGCCUUCAUCAGUCUUAAGAGAAGUCCCAAGGCCAAAGGCAUUAUCAGCAGUAACACGACAGGCUAAUGCAGGAAAUGUGCAUACACGAGCAACUUUCAUCAGUAAAGUAUUGUCCAAAUUUAGAGAAGUAUGGUUGGGAAAUGAGCAGAAAACAAGUAUCUCACAAUAUUACAGGUAA